AUGUCUGGUAUACCCAAACCUGGAAGUGGCUCGCCGGCCGCAUCUGCUGGUUUAUGGCAUUCGGUUUCGACAUUUGUACGAAGACAUAGAGGUGCCGCAUAUGCCAUCGGUGCUGUUGCAGUUUUUGCAACAGCCGGAGGAAUUUACCAUGUGAAGCAGCAAAAGACUGCCAGAAAAGGAAUUAGUUCCAGAAAAUCUGAAAAGCAAACAUCUGAAAAGCAAAAGACCGAAGAGGAGCCUGAAUCUGGUAAAACAGAGGGUGACGAACAGGAAGAUGAAAGAGUUGAAGACUCUAGCAAAGGCUCCGAUGUAACAGCAGGAUCUGCUGCUGCUGCUGCCGCCGCUGCUAAGAAGAAGAAGAAAAACAAGAAGAAGCUUAAAAAUAAAAAGUCCGGUGACUCGACUGCCGAGAAAAUUGCUACUGAAGAAUCUGUGAAGUCUAUGUCAAAGGAGGAACGUGCAAAGCUUGCCACUGAACUCAAGACUCUUGGAAAUAAGGCUUAUGGACAAAAGGAAUAUCCCAAUGCUAUUGACUUUUAUUCCCAAGCCAUCACUUGUUCUCAUGACCCUAUCUUCUUUUCGAACCGUGCUGCUUGUUAUUCUGCCAUCGGAGAUUUCGAACAAGUUGUUAAGGAUACCACCGAAGCUCUCAAACUCGAUCCUACAUAUGUCAAAGCUUUAAAUCGUCGCUCUUCUGCUUAUGAGCAACUCGAGAAGCUGGACGAUGCUUUGAUGGACAGUACUGUUUCUUGUGUUUUCGAUGGUUUUGCAAACGAAAGCAUGACCGCUACCGUUGAACGUUUGUUGAAGAAGGUUGCUGAAAAGAAGGCUGUUGCUCUCAUGGCUGGACGUCCUCCCAAACUUCCUGCUGCUAGUUUCAUUCAAACUUACUUGGACUCUUUUCGCCCUCAAUCUAAGCCCGACUUUAAUGAAGAGUAUGAAGGCGAUCGUAUUCUCAGCUCUGCUUACGACGCCCUCGAUAACGGCGACUAUCAGCUUGCUUACGAUCAAGCCAAAAAGGCUGCCACCGUCGCUUGCUCCAGUGCACCUAUCAGUGCCCGUGCUUACAACUUGAUCGGUACCUUUAAAUUUGUUUCUGGUGAUUCUAAAGGAUCUAUGGAAGAAUUUAAUGAAGCCAUCAAUCUCGACUCUUCUUUCAUUCAACCUUAUGUUCGUCUUUCUGCUGCCUAUCUUGACGAAAACGACCAUGAUAGCAUGUGGAACAUUAUGCAGAAGGCUGAAUCUGUUAAUGAUAAGGAUUCCGAUCUUUACUAUCAUCGUGCUCAGGUUCACUUUGUUUCUGGCGAAUUUGCUGAAGCUAUUGCUGAUUACAAUAAAUCAAUUGCUUUGGACGAUUCGUUCAUUUAUAGUUACAUUCAGCUCGGUGUUGCCCAGUACAAGAUUCAAGCCUUGAACCAGUCCAUGAAGACCUUUGAGGACUGCAAGAAGAAAUUCCCUGGCUGCAGUGAAGUAUAUAACUACUUUGGUGAGAUUCUUUUGGAUCAACAAAAGUUCGCCGAAGCAGUUGAAAACUUUGAUCGUGCUAUCUCCAUUGAGAAGAGAGAACGUUUGACAAUUAUGAGUGCUAUGCCCUUAAUUAACAAAGCUCUCGCUGUGUUUCAAUGGAAGAAGGAUAUUAAACAAGCUGAAAGCUUGUGUCGUCAAGCCUUGUCUGCUGAUCCUGACUGCGAUAUUGCAAUUGCCAGUAUGGCUCAAUUUUUGUUGCAACAAGGCAAGGCUCAAGAGGCCCUUUCUUACUUUGAGCAAUCGGCCCAGCUUGCUCGUACUGAAGCUGAAAUGGUGAAUGCCUUCUCUUAUGCUGAAGCAACUCGCACACAAAUUGCAUUGACAGAAAAAUAUCCUCAAUUGGUAGGCCGUUUAAGUCAGUCUAUGUAA